AAGAAGCCUUCACAGGUUGUAGCGCGCGGAACGAAUAAACUUUCGUAAUAUUAUCGAUAUAGUUUACUUAUUCCACUUGAGUUGAUAUUAACGUAUAGUGAUUAUUUUUCGGUUAUUGGAUUUUUUAUAACAAGGAUCUUUUGCUGAGUUGUGACGGUAGCGCAGUGGUUUUCGAGCAAAUCUGGAUAAUUUGAUCAUUAAAAUGAAUGAACACAAGUUGAUAACAUGGAAACCGAAUUCGCUAAUCAUGGCAUGAGACAAAUACUAACAUGCCGUUGGGCCAGACCUGGUUGGGGACUGCUAUGCUGCUUCUUUUGCUACACCACUCGGAAAUGAAACACGGCAACCAUUUAGAAGAACUCCAGCUAAACCCAAGUAUAAGGCAUCAUCAUAGACACAAGCAUAAGGAAAGUGAAGCUACUUUUAAACCUGAUAGAGAACCUGUAUUAGAACAUAUGUUCGAUAGAUUUAAUGUUCCUAUAGACAGCUAUAGAGAAAAGACAUUGUUUGAUAGGAAUCUAGUAAGCUAUGAUAUGGUAGCGCUGGAGGAAAGACAGAAUGAUUGGUUUAACACGUCCAAAGAUUUUGCAGAGUUAAAAGAGAAGAAGUAUCAGCAUUGGCCUAUAAAAAGAGAAGCAGUUAUUGAAGGAGAUUUAGUUCUUGGUGGCUUAAUGAUGGUGCAUGAAAGGUCGGAUAAUAUGACCUGUGGUCCGGUCAUGCCGCAAGGUGGAGUCCAGGCUUUGGAGACUAUGCUGUAUACGUUAGAUAUUAUAAACAAUAAACUGAAAUUGAUACCCGGUGUCAAGAUUGGUGCUCAUAUCCUUGAUGAUUGUGAUCGGGACACUUAUGGGUUGGAAAUGGCUGUCGACUUUAUUAAAGGGUCCAUCAGCAACAUAGAUGACGCGGAGUACGCAUGCAACGCCACAGCCGUCAGGAAGGUGAUCUCUGGCGUGGUGGGAGCUGCCUCCAGCGUCACCUCGGUACAAGUCGCCAACCUACUCCGACUCUUCAAGAUCCCACAGGUCUCUUUCUUCUCCACUUCUCCGGAACUGUCCAACAAGGCCCGGUUCGAGUACUUCACAAGGACAAUACCUUCGGAUAUGCACCAGGUGCGGGCAAUGGUCAAGAUCGUGACAAAGCUGGGCUGGAGUUACGUGUCUAUUAUUUACGAAGAAUCCAGCUACGGGAUAAAGGCAUUUGAAGAGCUGGAAGCCCUGCUGGCGCGGAACGGGAUCUGCAUCGCGGUGAAGGAGAAGCUGGUGAAGGACUCCGGCGUGGCGACGGAGGCUGCGUAUGAUGAGAUCGUGCUGAAGCUCCUCACUAAACCCAGAGCUAGAGGGGCCAUAAUCUUCGGUUCGGAUCAAGAGGUAGCGGGUGUAAUGCGCGCUGUGGAACGGCUGAACGCGACCGGGGCGUUCAGCUGGGUGGGCUCCGACGGCUGGAGCGCCAGGGCUCUGGUGUCGGACGGCAACGAGAGGGCGGUGGAGGGCACCAUCAGUGUCCAGCCCCAGGCGAACGAUGUGAAGGGGUUCAAGGAGUACUUCCUGAGCUUGAAUGUAAAGAAUAAUAAGAGGAACCCUUGGUUUGUUGAGUUCUGGGAGGACCACUUCCAAUGCCGAUACCCCGGCAGUGCCCGGACCCCCUACAACGGCCAGUACCACAGAGCUUGCUCAGGUCUGGAGCGCCUCACCGACAACAACACCGAGUUCGAGCGACAACUGCAGUUCGUUUCUGAUGCUGUCAUGGCCUUCGCUUACGCUAUCAGAGACAUGCACAGGGAGGUGUGCGGAGGAAGGGGAGGGCUUUGCGAGGCGAUGCGGCCCGCCAGCGGCGCUGAUCUGUUGCGGUACUUACGCAAAGUUAACUUUACCGGUCUAAGCGGCGACGAGUUCCGCUUCGACGCCGUUGGCGACGGUCCAGCGCGCUACAACAUACUCCACUUCAAGCAGGUGUCCCGAGGAGUCUACCACUGGGUGAAGGUUGGGCAGUACCUGGAUACUGAACUGCAACUUCAGUUGGAUGCCAUACAAUUCAAGUGGGGAGAGCGGCGUCCACCGGAAUCUGUUUGCAGCGCGGAGUGCGAGCUGGGUCAGGCCAAGCAGUACGUGGAGGGGGAGAGCUGCUGCUGGCACUGCUUCAACUGCACGCAGUAUGAGAUUCGCUCUCCAGAACUAGAGACAGCGUGUCAAGUUUGUCCGUGGGGCACUUUGCCAGACGUCACCAAGACUCGCUGCAGACCCAUCCCGGAGGCCUAUCUGAGGCCCGACUCGGCGUGGGCGAUCGGUGCUAUGUCCUUCUCUUCUGUUGGCAUAUUGAUUACCGCGUUUGUCUGCGGAGUAUGGGUCCGCCACAGCUCGACGCCGGUAGUACGUGCGAGUGGGAGGGAGCUAUCCUACGUCCUGCUUGCUGGCAUCCUAAUGUGCUACCUCGUUACCUUCGCACUGGUGUUCAGGCCGACUGAUAUCUUGUGUUCUAUACAAAGGUUCGGCACCGGAUUUUGCUUUACGGUGGUCUACGCAGCUCUCUUGACGAAAACCAACAGGAUCUCUCGCAUCUUCAAUGCGAGCAAGCACUCCGCCAAGCGACCCAUCCUCAUCUCGCCCAGCUCUCAGCUUGCGAUCUGCUCCGCUCUGGUAUCUAUACAGGUGCUAAUAGUGGUGGUGUGGAUGAUCGUGGCGCCUGCCCGGGCGAUGUUCCACCACCCCACGCGUGAAGAUAACAUGUUGGUGUGCGACUCUUACGUGGACGCGUCGUACAUGAUCGCGUUCUUCUACCCCAUCGUGCUCAUCGUGGUGUGCACGGUCUAUGCCAUCCUCACCAGGAAGAUACCUGAGGCCUUCAACGAGAGCAAGCAUAUAGGUUUCACAAUGUACACGACGUGCGUGAUCUGGCUCGCCUUCGUGCCGCUGUACUUCGGCACGGCGAGCCACGUGCCGCUGCGCAUCACCAGCAUGGCCGUCACCAUCUCGCUCAGCGCCAGCGUUACACUUGUCUGCCUCUUCUCACCUAAGCUGUACAUAAUCCUGAUCCGGCCGGAGCGUAACGUGCGACAGAGCAUCAUGCCCGUGCGCUACAGCCGGAAACCGCCCGCCUCCCUCGCACUGCCGCCCCCUGCUACCAACAAGAAACCACCGUGUGCCGAUAAAGAAACUCAAACUGACCCAGCGGAGUUCAACCGACUCACGAACGGUCAAACCGUCCUAGCGAAAGACGGAGAUAACAAAAAGGAUGAGAAAAAGGAUAACAUCGAAAAAGUUAAAGAUAAAAACGAAAAAAAGGAUAGUGAAGGUGCAAAGUGCAACAGCGUGAAGAUAAAUCGCGAGGACAAGAGGACGCGUCCAAUGAACGAGAAGCGGGAGGGCUUAUAGCAACGAGAGGCCUCCAAGUCGCUAACCGACGUGGUCGUCACUAGAAACAAUAAUUGCUUUAAAAAGAAAAGCUGCUCUUGCAAACUAAAGGAACGAAAGCCCAUUGUAGUCUGAAAAGGCAAUUUGAAAGUUCCAGUUUUUAAAACUUUCUAAUGCAACUAAACACGUUUUGACUAAAGGUGCAAAUACAUUACUUUGUUGUAGUGUGUUGUAACUAUAGUGUUGCAAGUAUCCCGGUUCUAAUGGCUAGCUUAUUCGGAUUGCGAAUCACGAGUUCCUGGGUUCGAAUCCCGGAUCAAGUCGAAAAAAGUUAUUCCGUUAAGAAAUUCUCGAUAGUAGUCCGGAAAAAAAAUUAUGGUAGGUAAGUAUAAUAUUAUUUAGGUAUUGAACUCUUUUGAGUCCGAGUUCAUAAGUUGCGUGUUACACCUCCGUGCCUUGAAUCAUAGGUACGUGAAACCAUUGGUUCUGUGUCUGACCUCUUUCCGGUCGUGCCGGAUUGCCGUCCCAUCGGACUAUGAGAGUGAGAGAAUAGAGCGCAACUUUGUUUGUGCACACCUUGUGCACUAUAAAAUAUAAGUACGUAGUUGGCUAGUCUCUCUCCGUUGACCAGCAACCGUGGCCAAAAUUCGAUCGAGAAUAACACAUCAGUAAUCAUGUCGUUAUAUAAAAUUUAUAAUUGCCUUCUUUCACUGCGAGACACUACAACUCAGUAAUGUGUUUGGACCUUAAUUAAAAAUUCAAUCAUCGGGCGCUACUAUGCUAUGAUUCUGGUCAUAGAAAAUAUUUUGAAAUUACCUAUCAUAUCACUAUUUUAAAGUACAUAAAAAUGUUAUGUUUACAUUUUCUGUUCUAGUCAUAUCAUAUUUUUAGCACUGUGUGAUCUCGUUAUUUUCAUUCGUGACUUAAUAAUUAUCCACCUUUACACCGUGAAAAUGGACUACUUAAGUCACGAAAAAGUGCUGCGAGGACACGAGUUAUAAAAUAAUAUAUAUUUACUAUUAUACUCGUGUUUUGAGAUAUCUUUAGAGCAUAUUUUAACUUUAUGCAGGCUUUACUUAAAGCUGAAACGAGGCAAGUGUAUAUCCCUUAUAUAAAUCCGUCUCGUUCUAACUCUGCCUUAAGUCUGAGCAAAGUCAAAAUACACUCAAUAGAUCUCAGCAUAAGUUUGUUAUUUCACGGCGUAAAGCGCGCUCGCUUCGCUCAGUCGCUAGCUCACGCCAUGCAGCAUUGGACUGCUUAAGUCAUACGCAUGUACCGUGAUGCACUAUUUUUUUAUAGUUACCAAGUCAUAUAAGUAGGUAACUAAGUAAUUUAGUAUUUGUUUUAGUUUUUAUACUAACAACAUAUCUAUGGAGCCUAAAUGAAGCUGAUCAAUGAUCACUGACGGAUCUCGUAAUAAUAAAAUAUAUUACCUAUUUAUAUAAAAUCAAUAUUUUCAGUCUUACGCCAACGAAUGCGAAUAUGACGAACUAAAAAUAAGGUUUUAACGAAUUUUGUGAGUAUCAGACAUAUAAUUUAGUAUUAAGGUAAGGUCUUUUGUACAUAAUUAAGGAUAUAAUUGUACAUAUAAAGCAAAAGACACAUAGUGACAUUGUAUAUAACGUGAGUAUCGAAUGUUUAUAUUAUAUGUAUAAUGUAUAAUUCAUCAUAUUGUAUAAUAUUUAGUAAAUAAUAAAAAAUAAAUAAUAUACAAGGCGCAGCAUUUGAGCCAGGGCGAGAGGAACUACGGUGAAGAACAUGUAUGUGAUAUUAUUUCCUUCUCUCACAUUCUAAUAAGUAAAAUUAUUAAAUGGAUAAAAUUGAUAUGCGCUUUAGAAUAGAAUAAGGAUAUAAAAUAUUUAUCAUUAUAAAUAAACGUUGUUACAUAAAACAUAUCAAAUCUAUUUUCUUCCAAGUUACUUGUUAUUUUAGUUCUUCCUCAAAUUUUCUGUGUGGUAUCAUUGGUUAUCAUAUUUAUUUUCGAUUUACAUGACAUCUGAGUCGGACAUUUGGUGAUCGCGCCUAUGCACUAUCACCAAGUUUUUGUUAUUUCUUACAGUUUAAGCUAGUUCAAAUAUAGUUAGUAGGUGUUUGGUACCUAUAAGAAUUAAUUUUUUUUUAUAGUGUAACUCUCUAUCAUAAUAAUACUAUCACAAAUUUAAAUACAUAGAUUGAAAAUUACUCAAAUCAAUGUGAUACUCGUUAUAAUUAUUCACUUUACAUUACACCUAUGACCUAACACAUACGCUAUAGCCUUUUAAGACUCAAUAUUAUUACUUGACUUAAAAAAGUAUAUGUUCAAAAACUAUUCAACGUUAUUACAUUCUAUAAUAAACACAAAAAUAUUUCAAUAUUUUAUAACUGUUAUUUCGGACCAGAUAUUUUCUAAUAGGUAACAGUAAUCAGUAAGAUUUUUAAGUAUUUUUACAUACAAUAACAAUUUUAAAUAAGCACAGUACCUAUCUACACUAAAAAUUUCUUAAUGUGAACUAUUUAUUUAUUGACUAUUAUGAUAGGCUAAUUUUAACCAGAAAUUUGCAAGUAAAUAAUAUUAAAAUAUUUUUAUCUUACUAAGUCACAAUACUCACAAUUCUAGCAUAGGUACCACAACAGAUCCUUAAGUCUUAUUCCAUUGCAAAGAUUCUGCAAAACCUACACUUAUUUUACGCUGCCAAUUUACAGAAUGUUGUGCUUUACUUAUUUUGAAUUUUUUUGUGUUAAAUUUCUUUUUAUUUCCAUCUAAAAAUAUUAUUUUCAGUUGAUGAAAAUUUGGCCUGAUGAUUAUAAAAUGUUUGAUUUUGUAAAUAUAAAACUAAAUUAUUAUCAAUAAUAGUAUGAUGAACGAUCUACUAAAAUAUAUAACUAAAAUCUUUUAUAACGUUGCGUAAUGGAUAGGGUAGAACUUUCUCAUAAAUGUUAUACUACAUUGUAAAUAUUAUAAUCUAGGCUAAGAAUCUAUCCUGGUUUUCUCUCGUCUUUUGCACGCCUUGUAUAUUUACCAGUUAAUAAUAUAAUAUCAUGGUAAUAUAUGUAAGUGAGUAAUGUAUGUGAAUAAACGGGUUUGAUGUUG